AUGGAGCUUCAUUCAGAAACAGAUAAUUUUAGAAUAGAAAAUAUUUGUAAGUCUUAUAAUAAAACAAUAAUACUCCAUGAUAUAUCCCUUAAAUUAUUAAGAGGAGAAGUAGUUGGGCUAUUUGGUCCAAAUGGUGCUGGUUUAAUGAAACCUGAUAAAGAGCUAGGCUUGGGUUCGGUUAUCUUCCUCAAGAAUCAUCAAUUUUUCGCGGUCUUUCCGUUUCAGAUAAUAUUAGAGUAA